UGUUACCGCGAAUGGUUGUACAACAUUUUCAAUUAAAAAUUCAACAUUUAAUUUACGUAUUCCAAGAUAUUAAUCGUUAAAAAUGCCUGUCGAGUUAGAAUACGAUUAUGCAGCGGCUACAUCGGCUAUGGAUAAAUUUUCGCAGGAUGAUAUCAAUUAUUUGAAGCAGUGGACUCAAAAUUUAGACAAAUCAAAAUAUGUGCCGAAAGAUUUGACUGAUAAACAAUUGGUGUUAUUUUAUAAUGCUUGUUAUGGGGAUUUAGAGAGGACAAAAACUUGUGUGGAGAAGUAUUAUUCGUGCAGAAAGAACUCUCCAGAGUUCUUUGACAACAGAAAAGUGAAUUCACCUGAAAUGGCACCAAUCGUGGAGGCAUUGGAGUUCUCUGUGCUUCCCGGGAAGUCAGUGGAGGGCUAUGACGUCAUCUACCACCGGCUGCACUACACAGAACCCUCGAAAUACAACUUCGAGUUGGGGGUCAAGCUGUUCUUCAUGACUAUUGACAUGUGCCUGAGCAAGCGCGGGCCUCAGAACGGGCUCAUUUUCCUGUUCGACAUGCGAGGAGUUAAGCUCGGUCACCUCGCGCGGUGUGGACUGUCCUUUCAAAAGGAUAAACAAAGGGGCUUCCGCAAGUUCUUCGUGUACCUUCAAGAGGCGCUGCCAGUGCGCAUGCGUGCUAUCCAUAUCCUGAACACCGAGCCGGUGCUGGACAAGCUGCUGCUCAUCAUCAAGCCGUUUAUGGAGAAGAAGUUCUAUGAUAUGCUAAACUUCCACCACAAAGAUGAGGACCUCGAAUCAUUUUUCGAGACCGUCAUCCCUCGCUCGGUCAUUCCCCAAGACCAUGGCGGCACUCUCCCUGACACCCAGACCCUGCAUAAGAAGUGCAUGCAGUUCUUACAAGCCAUGGAGCCCUACUUCAGGGAGGAGGAGGAACAGAGGAUCCUGGCCCUCCCGGAUAAGAAGCGGGAUAAGGCCAUGGAAAAGGCUUUCAAGAAUCUGGAUAUUGAUUAAGGUGGUAUGGGAUUGGUUUGGAGUUUCGCACACUAUUCGACGGUAUCAAGUAAUAGGCCUUAUUUUAGGAAGAACUAUGCCCGUUUUCACCAACAAUCCCUAAUUUUUAAGUGACCCCUAUGGUAACAUAACAGGAAUUUUGUUUUCAUUGGGGUCACUUAAAAAUUAGGAAUAGUUGGUGAAAACGGGUAUUAGCCAAGUAAAGUAUUGAACUUCCAUUGAUCCAAAGUUAAAUGAACUAAGAAAAGAAGAUAAAAUGAAGCGGGCAAGAAGAUGGAAAAUCCGUUUGCGGAUAGUGUGCGGUACUUUUAGAUUUUUGUUGGUUAUUAUUAUGACAAAUUUUCAGCAUUUUAUUGUUAGAAAUUUAACCUGCCGUAGUUAUUAGGCUGUUAAUACGUUAAUUGUUGUAUUGUAUUGUAUAUUUCGUUCGUUUGAUCCUAUAGUUUUUAUUAACAUUGUUCGAUUGUAAAUAUCAAUAAAAAACAUUCCUCAACAUGUAUUUGUGUACAGUCAGCGUCAAAAAACAAGCCAAAAAUAUAAAGCAUUAAAAUCUUCUUAGUACAGUCGCGGAAUGAAAAGGUUCGUCACCUUAGUGUCGGUUUUCGCUUGCACUAGGUACUGUAAGAGUCAAACCUGCCAACAUUACAGCGCAAGAAACAGUGCUGCUAACAUUGAAAUAAAUAUGACGUUUGCUAACGAAUAAGGUUUUGCUUGUUUAUUUUUCUAUCCCAUCAGUGCAAUGUUACAAAAUUUAGUUUUUUUUUAUAGAAAUAAUAAUGGCAGGUUGAACCAACAAGAAGGUUUUAGUUUAUCAAUCAUAAUAAUCUUCUUGACAAGAUAAAUCGUCAAACAACUUCGAUCUGAAUAAUUUUGAACUUUACUAAGCAACAGUUAAAGAUUAUUUUCUCUAACUCGAGAUUAUUCUGUAACAUAGUUUCAAAAGGUAAUAUGUGCUCGCGAUUCGUUGAAGGAAUCAAUUUGAAAACUGACGAACCUUUUCAUUCCGUGACUGUACAGUCAGCGUCAAAUAUAUAGUUCGUGACACCCAAAGUAGCCAAUAAGUUAAUAUACGUCUUUGUUACAAUAGACAUGUUGACACCACCAAUCAAUUGACGUACUUUUUAAAAAUGUCAAAACGAAACUCUCCCAUAGAAUUUGUAUGGCACUACAAGCAAGUGACGUCACUAUUUUGUCAACUCAAUUGAACUACUUUUUUCAAUUAUUGCGACCAAAAAUCGUAAUUUAUAGGUAAUUUAAAAUUAAUUAAGAUUUUAAGACCAGAAUGAAAUGUCUUUUUAGAAAAGUUGUGAUUUAGAAUUAUUGGGGAAUGGUGUCAAAUUGUCUGUUGGAAUAAGGUUGUGUUGUCUACUUUUUGGAAACUGGGUGUCACGAACUAUUUGACGCUGACUGUAAUGUAGUUGACUGUACGUUAAACUACACAUUUUUGGUGUAAAAUGAAACUUAUUAGAACUGAAUAAGAUUUUAAUGCUUAACUAAAGCCCGGUCCGUGAGCACGUAGAAUUUUGUCCAAUGACCCCUAUAUACCCAUCCUUAUCGCUCGCGCGUACUGGCACCCGCAGUGAGUGUGCGAGCGCGAUAGCAACAUAAUUACGCGCGAGCGAUAAGGAUGGGUAGCUUGGGGUCAUUGGACAAAAUUCCACGUGCUCACGGACCAGACUAUAGGUGCCGUAGUCCAUACCACCAUUCCAGUGCAGUAUAAAGUCUGCCUUUGGUAGGUUUAGUAAAAAUAUUGAUCAUGUAUUUUGUCAUAUAAAAAUUGCACAUAUUUUCGUAAUGUACGAACGUCGACAGCACAUCAACCUCUCACAAAAUGUGAAAUUAGACCUUAUUCUAUGAGGAGAAAGUUCAAAGUUCAUUGUCGAUUUUCGUCUUUUGUGGUAGGUUGCUGUGUCAUUGUUCAUAUUAAAUUGGAAAAUGUAUUUUCUUGAAAUAUAAAGCUUUUAUUGUAAUUUUAAAGUGUAGGUAGCUUAAUAAGAAUUGUAUUGACAGGGACGUAUUCACGUAUUAUUUAUUUAUCAAAGUAGCGCCCUCUAUCUUAAGAACACUAUAUUUAUUCCUUUGCCUCUUUAAGUAUUAUUGUGUGUAUGUUUUAUGUAUUUUUAUUUUAUAUUGUUUAUUUAUUUGUCUGUUAUGUGAGUAUAUUUUAUGUAUUAAUCCUGUUUUAGAUAUAAUGUACUUUAUGUACUUUACUGUUCGUGUCUCUCUCUGGUAGUGAAUGCUUUUAGAAAUAAGUCGGCCAAUUGUACACAUUUGCUGUGAAUAUAAAUAAAUAAAUACGUCCCUGUGUUGGUUAGCUAAGAGUAGGCGCACACCGUUGAUUUUUAGUUGGCCGAUAGUUGUGCCCGAUUUUAAAUUGUAUGAAGAAUCGGCCAAAUCGAAUCGGCGUAGUGUGCGCACUCCCAUACAUGCCCAUACUGAUCAACUGCCCGACUAAACAAAAUCAACGGUGUGCGCCUACUCUAAAUAUUUAAAAUCGAUUGAUUUUUAAUUUUGCUCAUUGUUAUAGUGAGAGAUGAAAUGAAAAAAGAUUGAGGUAUAAAAUGAGGAAAUUAAUGAAGUCAAUUAUUAUAUUCGUACCUUCUUAGAAAAAAUAUUGUCAAAUCGCUUAAAUUCUCUCUAUGUCCUUUCAUUUAUUGAUGCAUUGUUUUUUUAAAUAAGUUUUAUAAGUAAACCCGACAAUUUUUUUAAAAUAAAGGUGAUUCUUUUUACACUCAAAGCAUUCGCAUGACAUAGUACAGUUUAGAUUGAAAACAUUUGUUUAGUCUGAGUUAGUUUUAUAGUUUUUAUAGUCUAAGAACAAACGACAGUAUAAACAUACCUUUUUUGCUUCCAUGGCUAAUGUUACCGAUUAUUUUCGUACAGUUUGUGAUAUUUAUGUGUUAUUAGUAUGUAGUAGUUUGUUAAUUUUUAUUGGGUACUUAACACCAUUAUAUCAAUCCCUAAUACCCCUCCUUUAAGUGACCCCUAUAGUUACACAUAACAGGAAUUUUGUUUUCAAAGGGGUCACUUAAAAAUUAGGGAUUGAUGGUGAAAACUGUCAUUGAUUGUUGGUAUCAAUUAUUGUACCCUAUUAAUUUAUUCUUCCAUUAAACUACCACUGGUUUAGGUCAUUUGUAGACAGUACAGCACACAUAGAAUUUGAUAUAAUUAAUUAUGUAUGCAUGCAGCAAGUUAUGGUCCGUAUCUCAUCGAGACAAAAUCACGCCACAGCUGGAUAUUCCUAUUUACACUGGAAAUUAUCAACAAUGGGUAUCAUUCAAGGAUCUGUUCUGUGAAGCUGUCCACAACAACCCAUCCCUGUCAAACGCCCAAAAAAUGCAGUUUCUCAAGAGUAAACUCAGAGGUGAACCUGAACGCCUGAUACAACACCUGCAAAUCAGCUCUGAAAAUUACACAACAUGCUGGGAAAUAAUUAGUCAUCGUUACAACAACAAGUAACGUUUAAACUACCUAAACAUGGACGUCGAAGCCUGUUUAGAAACACAACAACAACUAAUAGAUGCUAUGAAACAACUAUUGGUCAACUUCAAAAAAGACGGCGCUGAUCGAAAGACUUCUGAAAACAUCAAGAGACGCAUUGAUACGUUAGAUCGUUAUUGGUGUGAAUUUCAAAACAACCACAGUAAGCUGUGCCAGAUCUUAGAUAGUAACUAUGACUAUUUAACGGGCAACUAUUACGAAGACACUCAAAAAUUUUAUCAAGAAACAAGAGACUAUUUCCAAAAAUACAUCUUAAUCAAACCAGCAACUCCGAUGACAAUUCAAAAACCAAGAGAGCAACCCGAGGCGAAGGCUGGACCGUCAACACCAGCAUCUGGAGCCAACAAGUUUGGGAGUACUCAACUACAAGAACAACAAUUAUCGCAAGGCACUAACAGCAAGCUGGAUGAGAUGAUGAAAAAACAAUUUAGCAACUUCAAGGCGUUAUCUCGCACUAUAUCUCAAAUAAACAUAGACAAGAUCAACGACAAGUGGGAAUUUGAAGAUAUAUUGAAAACCUUACAAAACCGAUGGCAAACAAUAGAUAAACUUCAUUGGGAAAUAGAUUCUGAGCUAGAUGGAUCGGACUUACGUUAUGAAAACGUAUUUACAGAACAAGAAGAGUCAUACAACGCUAUUAAGAGAUCUAUCAACAGCAAGUUAAUGUCACAGUACAAAAGGACAACAGCAUCAUCAAAAAUAUUCUAAACAAAUACAGCAAUCUGUCUCGAGCGAUUCGCGUGCUGGCAUGGGUACGCCGCUUCAUAAUAAGAGAAAAUAUCAUACCUAAAAGAGAAUCAUAUUUGACGCUGACUGAAUUAAAGGAAGCAAAAACGAUGUUUAUCAAGGAGAUACAGGCUGAAGAGUUUAAUGAAGAAAUCAAGAAUUUAACUUCAAAUAAGAAAAUAUCAAGCAAAAGCAAAAUCAUCCAUCUGAACCCGUUUUUGGAUAAACAAGGAAUCUUAAGAGUUGGUGGAAGACUGCAACACGCCAACAUUAGUCAAGAAAUGAAAAAUCCCAUCAUACUACCUUACGGAGGCCAGCUAACCGAGUUGAUAAUUGAAGAAGCCCAUAAGCUAACCUUUCACGGUGGACCUCGGGUCACCUUGGCUCUUCUUCGACAAAAAUACUGGCUGAUCAGUGGAAACAGAGCUGUCAAGAAAAUAACACGAAGAUGCACUGUAUGUAACAAACACAAUCCAAGAAAACAAGAGCAGAUAAUGGGCGACCUACCUCAAUCAAGAGUCAACCAAUCGCGCCCAUUCCAACAUACAGGAGUAGAUUUUACGGGUCAUUUCUUCAUAAAAGCCAACAAGGGCAGAGGAAUUAAAACAACCAAGGCGUAUGUGGCAGUGUUUGUGUGCAUGGCAACCAAGGCCGUGCACCUGGAGUUAGUGUCAGAUUUGACCACCUCCGCAUUCAUUGCUGCGCUUCGAAGGAUGGCAGCGCGAAGAGGCAAGCCCAGUCACAUGUAUAGUGACAACGGGCGAAACUUCGUGGGCGCCAGUAGAGUACUGCAAGAAGAAUAUCAAGAAAUAAUACAAGUAUUCAACGAAGAAUUCAAGAAAGAGAUAACAGACAUGGAGAUCACGUGGCAUUUCAAUGCCCCGUCCUGGCCAUCAGCAGGUGGAUUAUUUGAAGCUGCAGUCAAAAGCUUCAAAUACCACUUUAAACGUGUAGUAGGCGAACAGAAACUUACCUUUGAAGAAUUCUAUACUUUGUUGACCCAAAUAGAAGCCUGCUUAAACUCAAGACCUCUAUGCGCCUUAUCAGAAGACUCAGAUAACCUGGACUUCCUAACACCGGCACAUUUCCUAACCGGCGGGCCUCUCUUAACAAUAGUCGAAACGGAAAGAGACAUGAGAACAAGAUGGCAACUAACUCAAAAAAUAUAUCAAGACAUUUGGAAGCGGUGGCGCUCCGAAUAUCUGACUCAAUUAUCGUCAAGAAGCAAAUGGACACAACCAUCUGAAAACAUAAAUCUAAAUGACGUGGUGAUCAUUCAAGACGACAACCUGCCGCCAGGCAAGUGGCUAAUGGGCAGAGUCGUUGAACUUCAUCCAGGACAAGACGGUUACGUGCGAGUAGUUACACUGAAAACAAAAAGUGGACUCAUUAAACGCCCUGUAACGAAAGUAGCAAGAUUAAUAAAACAGCAAGAGAACGACAAUCACGAACAACAAAACGAAAUCAAAAACACUAGAAAGCAAGAACCUAAACAAACAACAAACAAGACACCAACGAGAAAACACACUACGUCAUCAAUACUAGCAGCAUGUUUACUAUUUAUGACACUUAUGACGGGAGCAGAAAGCAAAGUGAAUAUUACAAAAUUUCGAGAAAAACAAGGCCUAUAUUUUGACAAGAUUUCAAACAUGCAACUAAUAAAAGAUGAAUGGAAACUCAUCGUAUAUUACAACAUGGAACCUUAUGAACAGGGCAUUACAGCUCUAAAUACCUACCUAGAAAACUUAGAUAAAACAUGUUCGUCAUUACACGAUCAAGCAUUGUGUCAUGCAGUCCUACUCCAAUUACGUCACGGCCGCGAUGAACUUGAGUACUACGAUCAGCUGUUGCUGAGCCGACAAAUCACCACGCAGCCAACACAGCGACGUAAGCGCCGGGGCCUUAUCAAUGCCAUUGGAUCCAUUGCAAGUGACCUAUUCGGCGUAUUAGAUGAAAGAUUCGCCGAACAAUACAAGAGAGAUAUCAGCUUACUACAAAACAAUCAAAAACAUAUGAUUCAGCUAUGGAAGAAUCAAACAUCUAUAGUAGAAGCAGAAAAUAAUCUAUUGAAACGAACGGAAGAAAUAAUUAACCAACAACACAAAACAUUAAAUCAACACAUAAAUUCCUUAGAAAAGGCCAUAAACCAGUUGAAAGGCGCAACAGAAGGCAAUAUGAUCCUAAAUAACUUUGCUAUAGGGGCGAUUAUAGCAAGCAAUAUGCUUGCCAGUUUAAAAAACCUACAAAACAAUUUAUUGGAUACAAUUACCGACAUCCAUCAAAAUCGUUUCAACUUACACUUGAUGACUCCAGAACAACUGAUGGAAGAAUUAAGCACGGUCUCCAGUCAGCUACCAAAAGAUGUAACUCUACCCAUAGAAAACGUCCAUUCGGACUUACGCAAAAUAUACAAUCUUCUCAAGAUAAGAGCACGGAUGCUGGAAGAUUAUCUCAUCUUUGAAAUUAGAAUCCCGCUCAUCAGCAGAGACAGCUACGAGCUUCUGAAAGUCAUUCCAAUUCCCAAGAUUCAAGAUGAGAAAUCGAUAAGUAUAGUUCCUGUCUCCGAGUAUGUAUCUAUAAACAUGAAAAAAGAUACUUACAUACCUAUGAGUGAGAGUGACGUCAAUGCCUGUUUAGUGCAGUUUGAUAUGCACUUCUGCCACAGUUGGAAACCAGAAUAUCAGUUAAAUGAAGACAAGAACUUAUGUGAAAUAGAACAUUCUGAAUGCAAAACGCAAGUAAACCCGUGCAAAAACACAUGGCAAGAAAGUUACGCCACAAACACCUACAUUUACUUUUGUUGUAAACAAUGCAACGUCAGAGUUAUGUGCGGCGAUCAAGUGACCGCGCAUCAAUUACAAGCCGAAGGUCUAGUUACCGUAGGUCAUGGUUGCAUCAUAAAAACGGAUAAGCUGUCUAUAUUUCCACAUAAAACACACUCCAGCGAAUUCAAGAUCUGGCCUAAUUUAUACAUCCCUAAAAUGGCACCAAUUAAUAAUAUAAUCAACAUAACGAUACCGCAUCUUACGAUUGAAAACAAAUCCGAAGAAUUAAAACAAGAAGCUGAAAAAAUAGAAGAGAAGAUCAAGAUCGCAAAGGCGAAAGGAGAAGAAGUCCUAAUCGAGGCAGAUAGUCUAUCAUUACACGAUAUACACCAUUAUGUCAUGAUAUAUGUCGUGGUAAGCAUCGCCGGUAUAAUUGGUGUGAUAAUGAUCAUACGCCGAUUGCGAUGUAAAUGGCAUAUUCCACCUUCGGUAGCCGAACCAUCGAUAAUGAUGAACGAAUUGACCUCACCACCACCUGUUGUCCAAGCUGCAGCAGCGCCGAGAAGCUCCAGAACUGCGCGACAAGUCGACGAGUAUGCAGUUCUUGAAAGACAAGUAGAUAGAAGCACAUCUCCUGCACCGAAGAGGAUCAUCAUCCCCCGUUCUCAGGCUGAUCAUCAUCAGUGAACUGUGCAGUGAUGUUAUUUUAUAAGUUUUAUUUAAGAUAGUUUAGUUAUGUACAUGACAUGUAAACAUAUUUAAGUUUUAUCAAGAUUGUUCCCUCCCUAUCCCUACUAACAACAUCCCUAUUCCGCGCCCCCGGAAUAUGUACAAAGUACAAUAAGUCACGAGUAAUUAUGUAGGUCAUGCAAACGCUGCAAUAUUUAAUUUUAUUAACUUGAAGCAUUCGCCGAUCAGUUCUACACAAGUUCUCAACCUAUUAAUUAGUGUGCACACAAUUGUCAAGAUUUAUAUUGUAAUUAUCUUAAAUAAAUAAUCAAGAGUUUCAAGAGUUUCCUUAUAUCAAGACAACUACAACACAUAUCUUGUACCAUCGCGUACAAUAUUUAUUAUCAUGGUAAUUAUGACAUUUGUCCAAUAUAAUGUUCCUUGACAUAAUAAUGUAUUUAAAAAGUACUUAUUUAUUUAUUAGAAAUAGCUUUUUGCUGGCAAGUACAAUAUUAAGUUUUUUGCUCUCAGCAUUUUAUGUUAUGGAUUUUAUUCAUAAAUUAUAAUCUAUUUUAUUGUAAGUACAUAUUUUAUUGUGUAAAAUAAGAAUAUUCUUAACUGCGGUAAUUUUAAGGGAUUUCGUGGGUGAUAUUUUAGUUAAGUAUACCUCUAUUAUUUUAAUAAUUCUUUCUAUAUGAACCAGCUAACUUUGGCUUAAAACAUGUUUUUUUGAAAAAUUGACAGUUAAAUUUGACAUCAAACUGACAGAUACAGAAUCCUGUUUUAUUCUAAAGUCAAAAAGUGGACAUAUGAAUAGUUACAUAAUGCGCAUACGCUCAAAAAAGCGACUCAACGUUUUUGUUCUAAAAUUAAAAAAACGACUACGAAACGCGAUGGGCACACGGUGCAUAUUUCAGGAAGAGUCGAUUAUGUGAACGAAAAAUUAUAUCUGGCUAGAGGUCGACGAAAUAUGAAUGUUAUGCCAAUUCUAUAAGGUCCUUUAUUGCUUGACGCCACUUUCACCAUAUUUUUUAAUUGGUAAAGUUUUGUUGUCAAGAGUUGUAACUAGUACGACUUUUGACGACUAGUUGUCCAUCCACUAAAGUGUGACAUAAUAUUAUGUAAGUAGUACAAAAUGUUCUUAAAAAAAUUGGCAAUGAUACUUAUUUUUGUAGAAUGUACCAUAAUGGAUAAUGCUUAAAGCUUACAAUAAUGUACAAAGAUGUAAAGCUUACUAAAAUGUAAGAUAUGAAAAUUAUUGCUCAUUGUAUUAAAUUAUUAUGUUCCUUAAUAAAGUCUACAUCGAUGCUGUCUAAAAUGAUGUGUUUGGGUUUCUUUGAUUGUGUAUACCAGUUGGCGCCGCCGGCUAGUAAGGUCCUGUCACUUGCUAUUAUGGCCUAAUUCAUGUAUUUUGACAGUCAAGAUCUCGCUGACGUUCAGAAGUCGUCCCAUUGAAAAACAGUUCUAAAUCCGUAUUCACAAGGGUUAUUUUUGAUAGAACGAUUACACGAUAGGAUCGCAACUCAGUGUUUUGUUGUCGUUGAAGUUUUGUUACGUGAAUAAGGCUAUUGGUGACCACUGAAGCGGUAGGACUACGCAUUUGCAUUCAUCAAGAUGGCGCCACUUUCGAGUAAGGUACUAUCACUCGCUAGUGGCGCCCACUGGUGAGUACAUUUAAGGAAACUCAGUGACAUUUAAUUUUAAAAUAAUUAUUUAAAACUAUCAAAUUAAUUACGCAGUGAGCCAAUAGCAGCUAUUAGAGUAAGAAAAAAGUAUUUAAAAAAAAAUUUUAGUAUUGCCCAAAAAUACAGAAAAAAUAGUUGUAUCAUUAUUGGUGUUAUGUUGUAUUUUUCAUUGUACUUAAUUAGUUUGUAAUGUUACACGUUUGAUUAUUUGGGGUCUGGUUGUCUGUAAUCUGUAUCAAGUAAUUUAAAAAUAAUAUCAUGUAGGCAAUUACUUAUAUCACUGAUUUUUCAGAUUGAUUACAAAUAUGUCACGUUAACUGGGACCUACCAUGUCUAGCAUGUCAAUUACCUAACUAGCGUUUAGUGUGGACUCGAACUCAAAAAUGUAAAACCUGCCUUAAAUUGAGUAACUUGUUUCAAUAUCCAUUAUUGAGGAAAUUCGUCAUUUUGAGAAAGGUCGGAUAAGACAUCAUCGGGGGCAUUCCGGGGUCGAGUUCAUAUGUGAGCACUAACCUUAAUAGUUUCACGGAUAGCGCUAGUGUGUUUAAGCCCUAAAACCUAAAUCAAACAUUUUUGUAAAAGAAAUAAAUUCCUAAUUCUUGUAAUUUCUAUGCGUAGGUAUUAUAUUAGAAUUAUUAUCCUUUGGUUCCAAGAACUGGUUUGAUCUGAUAUUAUUAGCAAUAUAUUUUUAUUGAGCGUU